GUGCUCCGUACACACUCGGUAAGCUGUCAGUGUGAAAAGGGGAUAGGGACUUGAACGCGCCGAGCAGUUCUCGGGGGCGGGCCUGGCGGAUUCGGACAAGACGACAAUGGCGUUGCCGCGCUUCCCACUGCGGCAUAUCUGCGCCGUCCUAGGGCAAAGGCGCUCCUGCUGCCCUCGAUUGACGCAGAUCACAGCGUUGCCAGGUGGCCGUCCGUUCCGGCAUCUUAGCACACAGGCAGGCAAAGUCGACAAUGUAGAGCAGAUACUCGACCAAUGGCCCAAAUUCAGCAACUUCCCAGCGGCUUCCAGCGCAGAGGAAUUCAGGGAAGGAAGCAAGGUUGUCAUCCAUGGCUUCCUCUCCAAGAAGCGCGUGCUCCACGCAAAGCUGAUGUUUGCAAACGUGCAAAUCGACAACGCACCCACCAUCCAAAUAACUUCAAGCUUCACCGAGCCCGACAGCCCCGGCCACGCAGCAAACCGCGCGCUUCGAGCUUCGCCCCUGUACAGCCCGGUCUCGGUCACGGGCACCGUCACCAAGCUCUACCGCGAUGCACAACCUGACGGCGAGCCCUCGGCACAGCCGGCAACCGGCUCUCCACGGCCGGGCACCUUCCCCAGCCGCGUCUCCCGCAUAGACAUCGACCUAGAAAGCAUUCAGCCCCUGAACGACUUCUCCAAAAGUAUCAUCGUCUCCAAGGACGCCCAGUUUCCCCCGAGCGCCCGCCACCUGCAGAUCAGGUUUUCCGACGCCCUCCGCUCCCGCCUGCUUGUUCGGCCCCAGAUAGCGUUUCAGCUGAGGAAGUCUCUCCACGACCGUGGCUUCACCGAGGUUGAAACGCCUAUCCUGUUCAAGUCUACCCCGGAAGGGGCCCGCGAGUUCCUGGUGCCCACGAGACGCCCGGGCCGCGCCUACGCUCUGCCGCAGAGCCCCCAGCAGUACAAGCAGAUACUCAUGGCCAGCGGCAUCCGCGCCUACUACCAGUUUGCCCGCUGUUUCAGGGACGAGGAUUUGCGCGCCGACAGGCAGCCCGAGUUCACGCAGGCAAGACAGUCCCAUCCGGGCUCGCGGCUGGAUCUGGAGAUGGCCUUUGCCACGGGCGAGGACGUCAUGCGGACGGUCGAGUCCCUCGUCAGUGAUUUGGCCAUCUGGCUGAACGCCAAUUUCUCGGCCGCGAGGGACGGUCAAGACGUGUAUCUUGCGCCCAAACAGAGCUUGAAUACAAUAGAUGGAAAGGAUCCUGUCGACCGUUCUCAUCCCGUGGUAGCGCCGUUUCCCCGUAUAUCGUACCAGGAGGCCAUGACGAGGUUCGGAAUUGACAAGCCGGAUCUGAGGAUCCCGUUCGAGAUAAAACGCGUUGACCACGUCCUGCCCCGCUCGUUUGUCUCCAUGAUCAGCCACCUGGAGCAUCCCGUCGUAGAAGCGUUCAAGUUCCGUCCGGACCCCGCCGCAGCUGAGGGCUCUGCCCCGAAGCCGGCCUUCCUUGACGACUUCAUGAAGUCGCUCCCCAAACUAGCCGGGGAGAACCCAGGUGGUGCUGCCGUUGCGCUCGUGGUCGACUCUGCGAAACCCCUCCGCGGCCUUUCUCCCCUCGGGUUCGACGGCGCCGGUGCGUUGGAGCGUGGCGAAGCCGGCGAAGAGUUUGCGGACCUGCAAGACGGCGAUGUGCUCUUCUUCCAGGCCCGCGAGGACAAGCCCUUCUACGGAGGCUCGACCGCCUUGGGCACGUGCAGGACGCUCUUGUAUCAGACAGCCGUGCGGCUCGGCCUACUCCCGCGGGAUUUCAAUUUCCGCUUCCUCUGGGUGACAGACUUCCCCAUGUUCACUCCCGAUAACGGGACGGAUCCCGGGCAGGGCGGGAGUGCAGGCUUCUCGGCGACCCAUCACCCGUUCACCGCUCCGCUGACGGACGAGGACGCCCGCUUGCUCUUGACCGACCCUCUGAAGGCAAGGGCCGACCACUACGACCUGGUGGUUAACGGCGUCGAGCUGGGCGGCGGCAGCCGCCGUAUUCACCUGCCGCAAAUGCAAGAGUAUGUCAUGUCGAACAUCCUGCAGAUGACGCCCGAAGGCGUCGCCCAGUUUUCCCACCUGCUCGAGGCUCUUAAGGCCGGCUGUCCGCCUCACGCCGGCUUCGCUCUCGGUUUUGACCGGCUUGUCGCCCUGCUGACCUACACCGAUUCGGUCCGCGACGUCAUUGCGUUUCCCAAGUCGAUGAAGGGCGAAGACCUCACCACCAAUAGCCCCGGACGGCUUACUGCGGAGCAGCUCGCGCCUUAUCAUCUCAGGCUGUCCUGAGGCCAUCCGUCUGCAGAUUAAUACUUGUACAACACCCGUGUAUGUUCACCACUUUGUCCUUGUUUUACUAGAUCGGAAGGGUCACGAUAGAAGGGAUGGGUCUGUUUCCAACACAAGACCACAUGAAUGUAUUUUUGGUCUAUCCAUAUGUACCGUUUAAGAAACCGGUUCGCUCUCUCCCC